CAAAUUUCACGGGCAGAUCCGGGGCCUAGGAAAAAAGGAAAGGGAAAUGAAAUAUAAUGGAGAAUUGGAAGGGUUUAGCAAAAAAAACGCGUUAAAACGCGUAAAAAUGAGGGAGAAAAGAGGAAAUAAAGAAGUGGAGAAAGAAGGAGAGGGAUCCUAUCUAUUUAGACCAUAUAGAAGGAUUGGAUACGUUUCAGAUAAGGUUCCAUUUGAUAUUAUGAAGCGUGGAAGGAGUUUUUUAGUUUCAUUAAGUGUUGGAGAGAGUAUACAAACAUAUGAUUGUAACAAGCUUAAUCUAUUGUUUAUAACGCCUAGUACUAAGGGUAGAAUAACCUGUGUAUGUUCAUGGGGGGAUUUUAUACUUGCAGGAGCAGGAGAAAAGAUAUAUGCAUAUUGUAAAGGGAAGAUUGAAUGGAGUAUAAAACAAGAGGAAGAGGAGAGGGUAGUGUUGAUGAGUGUUUUGGGGGGGUAUCUUGUUACAUAUACGGAGAAAAACCAUCUUAUAAUCUGGAAUGUUCAUAGUAGAGAAAUGUAUUCAAAGAUCGAGUUUGAUAGGGGGGAAGAAGUUUUAUGUAUGCUUCAUCCGGCAACCUAUUUAAAUAAGUUUAUUUUUGGGAAAAAGGAUGGUACAGUUGAGAUAUGGAAUAUAAGAACAGGAAAACGGAUCUAUGAAUUUUCAUCAUUCAAAAUUUCAGUGACAUGUCUUGAACAGGCGCCGGUUUUAGAUGUUAUUGCGAUUGGUUUAGCUAAUGGAGUGAUUUAUAUGUAUAAUAUUAAGAAAGACAAGGAAUUAUUUCAAUUUAAACAAGAUGGGAAUGUUACAUCAAUUAGUUUUAGAACAGAUGGGCCAUCAAUUAUGUGUUCUUCUAAUAAUAAAGGGGAUAUUUUUAUUUGGGAUCUUUUCAAAAAAAGAAUUCUUAAUAUAUUAUAUACAGCACAUUUUGGUUCAAUUGCUAGAAUAAAGUUUCUAGAGGGACAGCCUAUUUUAUUAUCUAGUGGUAUUGAUAAUUCUUUAAAGGAAUGGAUCUUUGAUUCACCAGAUUCAACGCCCCGAUUACUUAAACAUAGAAGUGGUCAUAGUGCACCACCAUCUAUUAUUAGAUUUUAUCAAAAUGAUUCACAUUUUAUAUUAUCAACAUCACGAGACCGUUCAUUGAGAGGUUUUAGUGUAUUUAAUGACUCACAGAAUACAGAACUAUCACAAAAACCAUUUAUUAAGAAGCCUAUAUCUUUAAAGUUUUCUCUAGAAGAAUUGCGUCUUCCAGAGAUUUUAUCAUUUGCAGUACAACCAACAAAAGAAAAAUAUUGGAAUAAUAUAAUAACAGCACACAAAGGAGAGAAUGUGGCAAGACUUUGGUCUUGGAGAAGAAAGGCAAUUGAGAAAUUUGUUCUUACAACUUCAGAUAAAAGUUCUAUAAAAAGUGUUGCAAUAAGUGUUUGUGGAAAUUUUGGAUUUGUUGGCUCUUCUUUAGGGACAAUUGAUAUGUAUAACAUGCAAUCUAGGCUUCAUCGCCGCAAAUUUCAUGAUAAUUUAGAUGGGCAUAGAAAGGAAAUUACAGGAAUAGUUUCAGAUUCAUUAAACAAAACAUUAGUAUCAUCUUCUUUAGAUGGAACUAUAAAGUUUUGGAAAAUAUCUACAGGAAAACUUAUAUAUACUCUUGAUAUGAAAUUACCAAUAACACUAAUGAGAUAUCAGAAGUCUUCUGAUCUUUUAGCAAUAGCUUGUGAUGAUUUUUGUAUUCGAGUUAUUGAUAUUGAAACAACAAAAGUUGUAAGAGAGCUAUGGGGUCAUACAAAUCGUAUUACAGAUUUAGUCUUUUCAUAUGAUGGAAGAUGGAUUAUAUCUUCUUCUUUAGAUUCAACGAUUAGAACAUGGGAUCUUCCAGUAGGAUGUCUCAUUGAUGCAUUUCGUACACCAAGUAUAUGUACAAGCUUAGAUUUUUCACCUACUGGAGAUUUUCUUGCAACAACUCAUGUAGAUAAUUUUGGAAUAACUUUAUGGACAAAUAAGUCCCAGUUUUCUGAAGUAUUUAUUCACAGUAUUCAAGAAUCUGACAUUAAAACAAUAAAUCUACCAGCAGUAUCAGGAGAGAAUGGUUCUGGGAUUAUUGAUCUUUCAUUAAAAGAUGUAUCAAGUGAGACAGAUAUUUUAUGUAAAACUGAAUAUACAUCUUCUAAACAAAUUAAUCAAAUGUUAACACUUAGUUCAGUUCCUCGGUUUAAAUUGAAUAUUUUACAUAAUAUAGAUAUAAUCAAACUUAGGAAUAAGCCAAAAGAACCGCCAAAAGCUCCUAAAAAUGCACCAUUCUUUCUACCACUUUUAAAAGAUACAUCAAAAGAUAUAAUUCCAUCAAUUUCAUACACAAAUGAAUCUUCAGAAAUAGAUAAAGGCUUCUCUAGGAUUAUUAGUACGAAAGAUCUAUCUGUAGAAAGUCAAUUUACUAAACUUUUAAAACAAGGAGCUGCUCAAAAAGAUUAUAUGAAAUUUAUGAAUCAUUUAAAGACAUUAAAUCCAUCAUCAAUAGAUUUUGAAAUACAAUCACUUUCUCCAGAUUCAUUGUUUUCUGAAAUAAUAUGGUUCUUGGAUGCAUUAACUCAAAGUUUAAAAAAACAAAUAGAUUUUGAAUUUAUUCAAAUAUGUAUGGCUAAAUUUCUAAAUAUUCAUGGAGAUAUUUUUAUUGAAAAUCCUAAUAAUGAUGCAUUACAACAAUCACUCAUAAAUUGGGAAAAAGAACAUAAAAUCAUAAACAUUAAAUUAAAAAAACUAGUAGACUAUUGUUCUGGAGUAUUAUCUUUCAUUAGAAGUUAAAUUUAAACAUAUUUUUUUAUCUAAAUAUUCUUUAACACAACUAUGA